AUGUCUUCCGUCCCGUCUCGGCCCUUUCCUGCCCCCACUCCCGCCCCGCCCCAGCGGCCACUCUGGGGGCAGCACCCACCGCCCCUCCUGACCCCGCCGUUCCCUCCCGGUGGCCCCCUGGUGCUGCCAGCCCUCCCCAGCUCACCGCUGGCGGCAGGAGAGCCUGGCCUUGGCCCCAGUGGGACCGGGACCCACAGUGUCAUUGUCCAGGUCAGGUCAGAAUGGGGGUCCUCAGAGACACCCCAGACUCAGACCAUUGUCCUUACUCAGGCCCCCCUCAGCUGGAGUGCUCCAGGGGCCCUCUGUGGGGGUGCUGCAUGUCCCGCACCCCUCUUCGUGGCAGCCUCUGUGCUGGAGACCAGCAUGCCUGCCUCGGCCUUUGGGGGCCCCCAGGCUGGCAAGGGAGGCUUGGCCCCAGGCCUUCCAGCCCCAGCCCCGCCCCCGGCUGCCCAGCCGACCCCCAUCGUGUCCCCAGUGAAUGCGGGGCCACAGCCUCACGGAGCUUCCAGGGAGGGCAGCCUGGCCAGGAGCCCAACCAAGGCCUCGCCCGAGGACUCCUGUAACCCCAAGAGUGUUUACGAGAACUUCAGGCGCUGGCAGCGCUUCAAGUCGCUGGCCCGGAGGCACCUCCCGCAGAGCCCCGAUGCAGAAGCUCUCUCCUGCUUCCUCAUCCCGGUGCUGCGGUCCCUGGCCCGCCUGAAGCCCACUAUGACGCUGGAGGAGGGAGUGUGGCGGGCCGUGCAGGAGUGGCAGCACAGAAGCAACUUCGACCGCGCCAUCUACUACGAGAUGGCAGGGAAGUUCAUGGAGUUUGAGCUGGAGGAGGAGAUGCAGAUUCAGAAGUUGCAGUGGGUGAAGGUGGCCCAGGGCCUGCCUCCUCCAGCCCUGCCGAAGCCUGAGCCGCGGGCGCCCCCAGCCCCAGAAGCGGGCCCACAGCCAGCGUGCAUUCCCAGGAAGGCGGGUUCCAGGGCCCAGGCCUCCCGCCUGCAGCCACACAGACCCCCACGGCCCCUGGAGAACAAGGCGCCCAAGGAGAUCCCCCCUGAGGCCGUGAGAGAGUACGUGGACAUCAUGGAGGGGCUGCUGGGGCCUGGCCACUCAGCCCUAGGGGGGCCAGCAGGUGAAUGGGGAGAGGACGGAAAGGAGCCACAGCAGGAUGAGGCCACGACCUACCCGGACCCGGGUCUCCUGAGCUACAUUGACAGGCUGUGUUCCCAGGAAGACUUCAUCACCAAGGUGGAGGCAGUCAUCCACCCCCGAUUCCUGGCAGAAUUGCUUUCCUCAGAACCACAGCUGGACCUCCUGGCCCUAGCUGAGAAAUUGGAGCAGGAGGAAGGACUCACCCUUGCAGAGCUGGUGAAGAAAAGACUGGUGGCCUUGAAGGCGGAGGAGGGUGUGCAGGCAGCCCCCCGUCACCGCGCAGCCCGGUCGGGCCGUGGUCCUGAGUGUGAGGCCGGUCCCGGACUGGGGCUGGGGGUCAGCAACAAAGCCUGCCCAGCAGAGACUGACGGCCAGGACCUUCAGAGGCACGGCCGAGCACGCACACACCUGUCUGGGCCCAGAGCCUUUGCGCUCUCUCCCGGAAGGCAGGAGUCCCCUGCACCCCCGGCCGGAUGGCCCCCCUCCCCUCCCCGGGGUCAAAGGUGCAGCUCCGCUCGACCGGGCCGCAGGGACGCGCCCGUUCUCAGAGAGGCCCCUCCUGCUCGGGACACUCGAGGGCCAGUGGACGGGUCCAGUGAGGACGAGGAGGAGCUCCCCAGCCUGGCCUUCCUCCUGGCCUCUCAGCACAGCCUGCUGCCCUGGGGGCUCUCCCAGAGUCCCGCUCCUGCCUCAGGCCUCCCCAGCCCUGGAGGUCGGGGGCCGUGGGGGGCUCCCCGGGCCCCCUCUCCUCAGAGGAUAGGCCUCAGCCCGGCCACCCCCCCAGCUACCAAGUCCAGGAAGCGGGCUCUGUGUGGGGGCCCAGCCCCUGCUGGCAAGACGCCCCUCCCUGGGGCCAACCUCAGGGGCUCCGCAAGGCCGGCCUUGGCCAUGGGGCUGGUUCACCCCUCACAGCCUGCAAAGAGAAGGUGUGACUCCUUUGUCACGGGCAGGAGGAAGAAGCGGCACUGUAGCCAGUAG